AUGCAGUCCAUGCCAUUGCUGUUCCGGCGAUCGAUUCGGUCUAGCUUACAAUUCACACGGACAUCCUCCCGGCCGUUGCGAGUGCCAUACCAUCCGACAACCCCGAAUGCCUUCCCCGUCAGGACGCCAACACCACGGCCCUUCUCCGUAUGCCUACAAUGCCAAUUCCGCUCAAGCUUAAGGUCCCAUGCCGCCUUUGACGAGAAAGAUAAGGGGGCUGCCGAUCCCGCGAACGUGGCGCAGGACGUGAAAGAGGUCGACUCGGGCAAAGCGACGCCAUUCCCGGAGGUGGAUGCGGGGGCUCCUCGCGCUGCUUUUUCCAUGGAGGCAGAGAAAGACCUAGUUGCGGAAGCAUUACAAGCCAAGGAUCCCGAGAAGAUCCAUUUGGAUCAACAGGAGCUCAGGCAACGCAAAGAGCAAGCGGAUGGUACCCCGAGCGGUGGCCUCCCGUCAUACCUGGAGAGCCGCCGGUCCCAAAUGUCCAAACAAUUCAGUGCGAUGAUGGAUAACCUCCAGUCCAAUGUCUUCGUGGCUGGCCAACGCCUGAACGACCUCACGGGGUAUUCCGGUAUCGAGGCUCUUAAGAAUGAGAUCCAUACCCAAGAAACUCGACUCCGCACAGCCCGCGCCCACGUCCGACAAGCCAAGGAAGACUACAGCGCGGCCAUUACCCGCCGCUCGACGUCGCAGCGCGAAGUCAACGAGCUCCUGCAGCGCAAGCACGCAUGGUCCCCAACGGAUCUGGAGCGCUUCACCCUCCUUUACCGGAAUGACCACACCAAUGAGGUCGCCGAGACCGAGACUCAAGAAGCCCUGUCCGCGGCCGAGCGCGAGGCCGAGGAGGCCGCAGCGCAGUUGAGCAAGAGUAUCCUCUCGCGAUACCACGAGGAGCAGGUGUGGUCCGACAAGAUCCGUCGCAUGAGUACCUGGGGCACCUGGGGGCUGAUGGGCAUGAACGUGCUGCUGUUCUUGAUAUUCCAGAUCGCCGUCGAGCCCUGGCGCCGACGGCGACUGGUCAAGGGAUUCGAGGACAAAGUUGUGGAGGCCAUCGAGAAGGAGAAGGCCUUAAACCAAGCUGCUGCCGCUGGCGGUAGUGCCGCGCUCUCGGUGACCCCGACGGCUGCUCCACUCGAGGAGUCUACCUCUGAAAACACCUCUACUGAGCUCAUUGCUAACAAGGAUGCUCCUGUUGCCGCUGUCGAAAUCCCUGCCGACACUACCCCCACCACGUCUGCCCAUCCGUCUCAAUCUCUCCACUCCCGUCUCUCUGAUAUCCCGUCUCCGUUCGUCUCUCUCGAAUACUGGCGCCAGGCUGCCCACGAGCUCUUCAGCGAUCGCAGCCUUGCCCUCUCUCAGCGCGAUCUCACCACUGUUGCCAUUCAAAGCGCUGCCGCUGGUGCGACCGUGAUGGGUUUGGUGAUUGCCCUGCUCCGACCCAAUUGA